CGCAGCCGCAGCCGCAGCGGGCUCAGAGCAGGUAGAUGGCCCCUUCAGGGCAGGCCCUGCGGACACCCCUCCCUCCGGCUGGCGGAUGCAGUGCCUAGCGGCCGCUCUUAAGGACGAAACCAACAUGAGUGGGGGAGGGGAGCAGGCCGACAUCCUGCCGGCCAACUACGUGGUCAAGGAUCGCUGGAAGGUGCUCAAAAAGAUCGGGGGCGGGGGCUUUGGUGAGAUCUACGAGGCCAUGGACCUGCUGACCAGGGAGAAUGUGGCCCUGAAGGUGGAGUCGGCCCAGCAGCCCAAGCAGGUCCUCAAGAUGGAGGUGGCUGUGCUCAAAAAGCUGCAAGGGAAAGACCACGUGUGCAGGUUCAUUGGCUGUGGCCGGAACGAGAAGUUUAACUAUGUAGUGAUGCAGCUCCAGGGCCGGAACCUGGCUGACCUGCGACGCAGCCAGCCUCGAGGCACCUUCACGCUGAGCACCACUCUGCGGCUGGGCAAGCAGAUCCUGGAGUCCAUCGAGGCCAUCCACUCCGUGGGCUUCCUGCACCGCGACAUCAAGCCGUCAAACUUUGCCAUGGGCAGGCUGCCCUCCACCUACAGAAAGUGCUACAUGUUGGAUUUUGGGCUGGCCCGGCAGUACACCAACACCACGGGGGACGUUCGGCCCCCUCGGAAUGUGGCCGGGUUUCGCGGGACUGUUCGUUAUGCCUCGGUCAACGCUCACAAGAACCGGGAGAUGGGCCGCCACGAUGACCUGUGGUCCCUCUUCUACAUGCUUGUGGAGUUUGCAGUGGGUCAGCUACCUUGGAGGAAGAUCAAGGACAAGGAGCAGGUAGGGAUGAUCAAGGAGAAGUACGAGCACCGGAUGCUGCUGAAGCACAUGCCCUCCGAGUUCCACCUUUUCCUGGACCACAUCGCCAGCCUUGACUAUUUCACCAAGCCCGAUUACCAGUUGAUCAUGUCAGUGUUUGAGAACAGCAUGAAGGAGCGGGGCAUCGCUGAGAACGAGGCCUUUGACUGGGAGAAGGCGGGCAAUGACGCCCUCCUGUCCACGAGCACCUCCACCCCGCCCCAGCAGAACACCCGGCAGACGGCAGCCAUGUUUGGGGUGGUCAACGUGACGCCGGUGCCCGGCGACCUGCUCCGGGAAAACACCGAGGAUGUGCUGCAGGGCGAGCACCUGAGUGACCAGGAGAACGCACCUCCAAUCCUGCCGGGGCGGCCCCCCGAGGGGCCGGGCUCCAGCCCCCACCUCGUCCCUCACCCUGGGGGUCCUGAGGCUGAAGUCUGGGAGGAGACAGAUGUCAACCGGAACAAACUCCGGAUCAACAUUGGCAAAACCCCCUGUGUGGUGGAGGAGGAGCAGAGCCGAGUUGCGGGGGUCCCCAGCUCCCCGGUGCGCGCCCCCCCAGACUCACCGACAACCCCAGUCCGUUCUCUGCACUACCGGAGGGUCAACAGCCCUGAGUCGGAGAGGCUGUCCACGGUGGAUGGGCGGGUGGAACUGCAUGAGAGGAGGUCACGGAUGGAUCUGCCUGGCUCACCCUCGCGCCAGGCCUGUUCCUCGCAGCCGGCCCAGAUGCUGUCAGUGGACACAGGCCACGCCGACCGGCAGGCUAGCGGCCGCAUGGACGUGUCAGCCUCCGUGGAACAGGAGGCCCUGAGCAAUGCCUUCCGCUCGGUGCCGCUGGCCGAGGAGGAGGACUUCGACAGCAAGGAGUGGGUCAUCAUUGACAAGGAGACAGAGCUGAAGGACUUCCCCCCGGGGGCUGAGCCUAGUACGUCGGGCACCACGGACGAGGAGCCCGAGGAGCUGCGGCCGCUGCCCGAGGAGGGCGAGGAGCGUCGGCGGCCAGGGCCGGAGCCCGCCGUCCGGCCCCGGGCACGCGGCAUGCACACGCUGGCCGAGGAGGACCUGCGGCUCACGCCGGCUCAGCCCCUGCCACCCCAGCUGAACCAGGCCGAUGGCCGGUCAGAGACAUCACAGCCCCCCACGCCCGGCAGCCCUUCCCACUCGCCCCUGCACUCCGGACCCCGCCCUCGACGGAGAGAGUCGGAUCCCACGGGCCCGCAGAGGCAGGUAUUCUCCGUGGCGCCCCCGGUUGAGGUGAAUGGUCUCCCACGAGCCGUGCCCCUGAGCCUGCCCUACCAGGACUACAAGAAGGAUCUCUCCGAUUACCGCGAACGGGCUCGGCUGCUCAACAGGGCCCGGAGGGUGGACUUCUCGUACAUGCUACUUGCCACCCCGCAGGUCCCGCUGGCUCCUGUUCAGCCUCAAACGAAUGGGAAGGAGGAAGAGGAGGAGGAGGAGGAGGAAGAGGAGGAGGAGGAGGAGGAACAAGAAGAGGAAGAGAAGAGGAGGAGGAGAGAGGAGGAGGAGGCGGCAGUGGCCCUGGGGGAGGUGCUGGGGCCACACAGUGGCUCCAGCAGUGAGGGCAGCGAGAGGAGCACGGACCGGAGCCAGGAGGGCGCCCCGUCCACGCUGCUGGCCGAUGAUCAGAAAGAGUCCAGGGGCCGAGCCUCCAUGGCUGACGGGGACCUGGAGCCUGAGGAGGGCUCCAAAACGCUGGUGCUCGUCUCCCCUGGCGACAUGAAGAAGUCGCCUGUCACUGCCGACCUGGCCCCCGACCCUGACCUGGGCACUCUGGCUGCCCUCACUCCUCAGCACGAACGGCCCCAGCCCACUGGCAGCCAGCUGGACGUGUCUGAGCCAGGCACCCUAUCUUCCGUCCUCAAGUCUGAGCCCAAGCCCCCUGGGACCGGGACAGGGCUGGGGGCUGGGGCAGUGACCAUAGGGGCAGGGGGAGUGGCAGUCACCUCCUCGCCCUUCACCAAAGUCGAGAGGACCUUUGUGCACAUUGCAGAGAAAACCCACCUCAAUGUCAUGUCUUCCGGUGGACAAGCCUCCCGGUCUGAGGAGCUCAGCGCUGGGGGAGAGCUGGGCCUGGAGGUGCCCUCUGAUGGAAGGGCUGAGGAGGAGGGGGCCUCCAUGUACCUGGAGAACGGCAUUGCCAUAUCAGGGCUGGUGAGCUGUGUCCUGUCCGCCCCCCCCGGGAGCAGCCCCUUGGAGGUGACCACAGACUCACUGCCCAAUGGCCCAGCCCUUGCCGAUGGGCCAGCCCCGGCGUCCCUGCUGGAGCCAGGUCCCGAGAAACUGGCCACCAUCUCCCCCAGUCGCCAUGCCAUGCCAGGCCCUCGUCCCAGGAGCCGAAUCCCUGUCCUGCUGUCUGAGGAGGACACAGGCUCGGAGCCCUCAGGCUCACUGUCGGCCAAAGAGCGGUGGAGCAAGAGGGCCCGACCACAGCAGGACCUGGCGCGGCUGGUGAUGGAGAAGAGGCAGGGCCGCCUGCUGUUGCGCCUGGCCUCUGGGGCCUCAUCCUCUUCCAGUGAGGAGCAGCGCCGUGCCUCUGAGACGCUCUCAGGCACAGGCUCCGAGGAGGACACGCCUGCCUCUGAGCCCGCGGUGCCCAGGAAAGCCGGGCGGGCAGCUGCCACCCGGAGCCGGAUCCCCCGCCCCAUCAGCACCCGCAUGCCCACGCCUGCCGCAGCCCAGCAGCCCCCUGACAGACCCCAAGGCGCGGCCCCAGCAUCUGACACAGCCAUCACCAGCAGGCUCCAGCUGCAGAAGCCCCCAGGGACGGCCACUGCUGCUGACCUCCGUCCCAAACAGCCCCCCGGCCGUGGCCCGGGCCCAGGGCGAACCCAAGCCGGCACCAGGCCCCCAGCCCCGCGCAGUCCCGGCCUCCCCGCCUCCUCCGCGCACCAUCCCAGCGCCUCCCCUCGGAGCCGGUCCCUGUCCCGCAAAGAGAGCCCCUCCCCCUCGCACCAGGCACGGCCCGGGGCCCCCCCACCCCGGGGCGCCCCGCAGGCCCGGGCCCAGCCUGAAGGCACCCCCUCCCCGGGGGCCCCCAAGAAAGGACCCAGAGGGAAACUCCAGACUCAGCGCGCAACCAAAGGCCGGGCGGGGGUUGCGGAGGGUCGGGCUGGGGCCAGAUAAUGACGCGCGCGGCGCUCCGUGGCCCCUCACCCUCACCCCGGCCCCCCACCUGCAGCCGGCCACACUGGAACAGCUCCCAGCACAGCCUUACGCGCCUGACGCGCGCCACCCGCGGCCCCAGCUUCCUGCCUGCACCCGCGAGGACGCGCGCCAGCACACGCCGCGCCCACCCGCCGGCCCUGCGGAAGGGGACGCGGCGCCGCGGGGGGAGUGUCCGCCUCCCCAUCCUUCCCCGUCUCCGCCCCUCCCCCUGCUGCCCUUCAGGUGGGGCAGGCUCACCCUACGCCCCGGGGAAGGCUCAGCGACUCUUCACCAAGGACUCCACGAAUGGGGACGCCCUGCUCACCACCAGGCCUCUGCUGCUCUCCAAGCUCCCCCAGGGAACUCUGCUUACAUAUCCUGCGGCGCCUUUCCCUUCUCCUGACCCUCUUCCAGCCAAAGCUACACGCCCCAACCCUUUCGGAAAGGCAGCCUCAAAUUCCAGAAGUGGAGGCUCCAGCCUCCCUCCCACUAGGGGUUAAUCUCACGUCUCCUGGGAGCUGUGGUGGUUGGAAAGGGCUCUUCUCAGCUGCCAGACGGGGGUUGGGGAGGUGAGACCUAGGAGCCAUUGGUCUACUGUGGUGUGAGGGGGCAGGUCUGACCUGCCCCAAAGUCAGCACCAUCCUGGACACCCCUGUAGGAGGCAGUGGACAGGUGAUGGGGGAAGGGUGCUCCCUUGCGCCUCUAGGGUGCAAAGACCCCCUCCCCCUUAGUUUGUGUGGGACCUCAGUGGGAACCAUCAAGUGUGUGUGGGCUGCCUUCCUGGGUAAGUGUUUCCCAAUGGGAAGUUGCAGGGGGGCUUUAAAAAAGGUUUCACCCCUUCCCUUUGUCCCUGGAUCUAGUGCUCAGGACCCCUCACCAUCAGGAAUUCCUUCUUGCCAUCUAACCUCAAUCUUGCCUACUGCAGUUUCAGCCAACUUCUCUCUCUCCUGAAUUCGGUGGAGGUGGAGAAUGGCUGGUCAUCAUCUUCUCUGCACUGGCCCUUUGGAGAUACAGGGACUCAGUUCUAGCUGGGUCACCCUCCCUGUCCUCCUGCCUGUGGGGAGUAGGCUGGAUCAGACCAUCAUCUCCCCCAGUGGGAGAGAGAGCAGAAAUAGGCAGACAGACAGACAGCUGGCCCCUGGACUCAAGGCAGAAAGGCCUUUCUAACUUCCAGACUGUAUGCUUGUGUGAUAGGUCCAGCCCCAGUCCCCUCCGCCUCCAGCUCACCCUUCAGCCUGUCCCCUCUUGUCCUAAUCCCAACCCAUGCGGCUGAGCAGUCCCUGCAGCGGGUGAGGCCUCUGCUGCUCCAUGAAUGGAUAUGGGGCCUCCUCCUGGGUCUGGCUCCUGCAUAGUUCAUCCCAACUCAUCGUCAGCCUCAACUGCCUACAUCCGGGCCAAGGGGCUGCAGAAGGGAUAGCCAGCCCUGCCUAUCCGGGACAGGUCCCCUGCAGGCCUUCUCCAUCCUCAGCACACACAGCCUCUGCCCCCUGGCCUGGCCCCUCUGUUCUUCCUGGGUCACAGAGAGCAAGGCAAGACAACCAAGGGAAGAGGAAGAAAGGUCCCAGCCUGCCCUCGUGAUCUGGCAGCAUCCAACCACCGUCACUCAGAAGGAUGCCCGUGAGGAAAUUUGCCCCGAGAGAAGCCUGGUGGUGCCAGCUGAAGCCCCUGAUGGAGAGUCGGCGGCUUGGGCAGCUGCUUCUAUGCGAAGGUGGUGGUUUCUCUGCAGACCAGCCCAGGGGAGGACUCCAGGGUGGAUGGCCUUCGAGGUUCACCCUAUGCUGACGCAGAAGCUCCCAGAACACUCAGGAAACCUCUCCGGACAGAGCCCUCUUUGUCAACCCGAGACCCUCCCAAGGCCUCUGCUGCCCUCUGGAUCCAGCAGAGGGGGUGGAGGAAGGGCCACUCCCUCCCACCUAGAGCUUCUCCGAAUGACAAUCAGCUCGUGCCAGGUGGGGACCAGGGCAUGACCCCUGGUGCCCAGGUCCUGGGCCUGCUCCUUGCCACCAACCGAACUGUGAAUGUAGGGCCCCCAGCCUCACCCCUGCCCCAGGACCAACAACACCCUGGUUUGGUGUUGGGAGGGAAAAGGGGGCGGCCUGAGAGAGCCCCAGGCCCAUCCCACCCUCUAGCUUCACCCAGCACUGGAGCUGGGCAGAGACACAAAACCCUGUCUGCCUUUGGGAUUCCGGACCUCCCUAGGGCUCCCAACUGACCUCAGGCCUCUGCGUCAUUG